AUGUCCUCAACCGAAGCCAAGAAGCGAAAUAUCAAUCAUGGCCACAACUCAGCAAGUCAUGGUCGGAAGGAAACUACUGCUUGGGAUACCAUAGAGUAUGAUCUGUAUUCGAUAUGGCUUUUCACCUACAGCGACCUCAAGACCAUCGUUGGACCCAAGACAGCAUUCGGAAUAUUUAACAGCCUCCAGGCUUCAGCUUUUGACCUACCUUGCCUUCAAUACUCGACAGCGUUGAAACGAUUACCAUUGGUCGUCUUCUGGACAUGGAUCAACCUCUUACCGUUCUCAAUCGAUAACCAACGACAACCAGAAGCGAUCAGGGAAGAUGGACCAAAGAAUGAAAUCAAUAAGUUCUAUGACUGUGCUUUAGACAAGUAA